AAAAAACCUAAAACCCUAAACCCUAUUUGCUUUGCUCUCGUUCUCGAUCUCGCCCCUCUCUCACCGGACGUCCGACUCCGGUCUAUUCUCAAUAUCUAACGGUGAUUUAGCUCUUUAUUGUUCCGUCAGUCUCAAUCUCAUCUUCCACCUAAUCUAAUUCUAAAGAUGCCUUCAAAGUCAAAGAAGCAAUCAAAGACACUGUCAAGGGUGUCGAAUUCUGAUCAGCAUUCAUCUCCUCGGACUCCGUCGCUGACGCCUUCUCUGGACUCUGAAACCAGUGAUGAGAAUCUUAUGCACACCCUGGAAAAAGCUUCAGUGAAGUAUCCUUCCCUGAUCGGAAAAACUGCUUUCAUUGGCCAAGUCACUGAUAUAGAACAACACGUUUCUAAGUCUAAAGGAUACAACAUUUGGCUAUCUGAGUCGUCCAUGGUCGCAUCUGGGUUCGCCCCCGGUUCCUUAGCAUCGGUGUCUUUCCCUUCGUUAGAUAGUAAACAUUCACAUUGCUUUCCUCUCAUCUCAUUAGCAAAUGAAUGUGCUAGUACUUUUGGAUGUCAUUUGGUUGAUCGAUUCAAUGAUGAAGCAGGACUCUAUUUUGCUCUUGCAACGAUUUGGUCUUCUUCUAAGGUUGCAAAAAGUGGAGUGAGGUUGUCUUCGAGACUUUCAGACACAAUGGGAGAUCCUACAUUGGGUAGGGUUGUUUUCAUAUAUCCUGCGCAAAGUCAGACAGUACCUAGUCAUUUAACUAAAGAUGAAAAUUCACGUAGCAGCAAGGUUAAUCCUCUUUUGGUUUAUAACUGCGAUGAAUUAUUUUUAGAGCUGGUACACUCUAGGAAAUUAACCAAAACCAGUGCUUCUGUGACGAUGUCUUCAGAAACAUCUUUUGAUUGUUCCGAAAGUGGAGUGGUUGGACCUUUAUCCCCUAAGACACCAAUGAAUCAGAUAAAGGUUGGCUCUUCAGUUAUAAAUCAGUUAACUUCACCUAGAUGUGAUGAUUCUAAGGCGAACUUAACCAACUCAAAUGGUCCGUCUUUUGAUACAUUUGACAUCAUGAAGUUAUUAGGGGAACAAGGUGUUACUAAAAGGCUUAUUGAGGCACGAGCUGCUCCUUUUUUUAAUUCUCGCUGCCUACUUCGAGGAAAUCUUGUUACCAUACCGGUACUUUCACAGCUUUGUCUCUUCCAAGUGGUUGGCGCUAAAAAGUUGUUGGCAGAUAGAACUGACUAUGGUUCGACCAGUGAAAGCAGCAAUAAUCUGCUACACAAGGCUUCUGAAUCAUUACAAAAUUCAAUUGAUGCUUUUAUCGUGGUGAAUGAAACAAAAGUAUGCUUAUCUUUACCGUCAAAAGUGGCGUCAAAAACUCCAGAGAGACAAGUUUUGUCUACAGUUGACUUCGAAUUUAUGGAUGUUAAAGCUGAUUCCAGAGAUAAUAACAUAAAAUUGGGUGGUCUUUCUAAAGAAUAUGCAAUUUUGAAGGAUAUCAUAGUUUCCUCUUCAGUAAAUACUUUAUCAAGUCUUGGUUUACGAACUACAAAGGGAGUGCUUCUUCAUGGUCCUCCGGGCACUGGAAAGACUUCUUUGGCUCGAUUAUGCGUUCGUGAUGCUGGUGUUAUUAUCUUCUCUGUAAAUGGACCUGAGCUCGUAAGUCAAUAUUAUGGAGAAAGUGAGCGAGCUUUGCAUGAAUUGUUUGAAUCCGCUCGCCAAGCUGCACCAGCUGUGGUAUUCAUUGACGAGUUGGAUGCCAUAGCACCGGCAAGGAAAGACGGAGGAGAAGAACUAUCUCAAAGAAUGGUUGCUACACUGUUGAAUUUGAUGGAUGGGGUUAGUAGAAGUGAUGGGAUACUUGUAAUUGCUGCUACCAAUAGGCUUGAUAGUAUUGAGCCUGCUCUCAGACGACCUGGAAGACUUGAUAGGGAAAUUGAAAUAGGUGUGCCAUCUCCGAAGCAGCGGUUGGAGAUCUUGCUUUCUCUUCUGGGUGACAUGGAGCACUCACUUUUAGACGUCCAAGUGGAAAACCUUGCUAUUGCUACACAUGGUUUUGUAGGUGCUGACCUAGCUGCUCUAUGCAAUGAGGCAGCCUUGGUUUGUCUUAGACGUUAUGCCAAAUCAAGAAAUUCAUAUGAUAAUUUGCAUGGAAAGUGUAUUCCAUAUGAAGAUUGUGACGUAGUGAAAUCUGAUUGCUCAAAAGAUACAGGAUACAAUGUAAUUGAUUACUUAGAUUCUGCAUCUUCAUCCAUAUCAAAGGGAACAGUAUCAGAUGACAACAUACACGAGGUUCAGCAUUGUGUUAAAGAUGAAUUUUUAUUGAAAGUGUCUUUUGAAGAUUUCGAGAAGGCCAAAAUGAAAGUAAGGCCCAGUGCUAUGCGAGAGGUAAUACUCGAGGUUCCAAAGGUUCGUUGGGAAGAUGUUGGGGGCCAAAGGGAGGUUAAGAAUCAAUUAAUGGAAGCUGUAGAAUGGCCACAAAAGCACCAGGAUGCAUUCAAGCGUAUAGGGACCCAGCCCCCUACAGGUGUUUUGAUGUUCGGUCCUCCUGGAUGCAGCAAAACUCUAAUGGCACGUGCAGUAGCUUCUGAAGCAGGACUGAAUUUCCUUGCUGUCAAGGGUCCAGAACUUUUCAGUAAAUGGGUUGGUGAAUCUGAGAAGGCUGUUAGAUCUCUGUUUGCGAAGGCAAGGGCCAAUGCCCCAUCCAUCAUAUUUUUUGAUGAAAUUGAUGGUCUUGCUACUGUACGUGGGAAGGAAAAUGAAGGGGUUUCAGUGUCUGAUAGGGUUAUGAGUCAACUCCUUGUUGAAUUGGAUGGUUUACAUCAAAGACUUAAUGUUACUGUUAUUGCUGCAACGAAUCGACCUGACAAGAUGGAUCCUGCUCUACUUAGACCAGGUCGUUUUGACCGACUGCUAUACGUGGGACCUCCAAAUGAGAGUGAUCGGGAAGAUAUAUUCCGUAUUCAUUUACGCAAAAUUCCGUGUAGUUCUGAUGUUAGCAUAAAGGAUCUUUCUUCUCUUACUGAAGGCUUUACAGGAGCUGAUAUAGCAUCUAUCUGCCGGGAAGCAGCUUUGAAAGCUAUGGCGGAGAAUCUUCAUGCCUCAGAAAUAACAAUGCAACAUCUGAGGACUUCUAUUACAAAAGUGCAGCCAUCGGCAACUCUGUCUUAUCAAGAAUUAUCAACAAAAUUUCAAAGGCUUGUCCAUUCAAGUGGAAAAGAAGCGAAAUUAUGAUGCCAAGAGUACUCAAGUGGGGCAAAUUGAUUCCCAUGUGGAGUUGUUUCAAAUCUAUCAAAUGCUUCUUUUGCUGGCUCCCUGUGUUCAUGACACACUCAACUUCUGCUUCAAGUGGGUAGUCACAAAUCUUAUCUUGUAGGUCUCUUCCAUCCUCCUGUCAUAGAUCGAGGCUUCAUUCCUAAUUUCCCAGAAUAAAAGAUGAUUGAGCUGUCUGACUUGAAACAGUAACAUAAUUUCCAAGUGUGGACAUAAGGAUGGAUUUCCCACUCAGGAAGUGAAAGUAGUGCUAUGGGAAGUUAAGAGAGAAGGUAUGCACAUGAAUAAAAGAGUUACAGUGAGAAGGGAACGUCAAUCAUGUGAUCUUUUGGAGGAGAGAAUUAGGGUUUAUCCUAUUCUAUUCAUGAGAAAUGUGCACUCAACUUCAAAUGGCACUGAGUGUAACCUAUAACUUAUGGUCCACUGAGCUUCGCUAUUUUGAGAUGUCUUUGUGGGAAUCCUUUUCAAAGUUGCAUUUAGUAUCCUUGUGAUUAGAACAAUAGGGAGGGACAUGAUGUGGGAAGUGGUCCUUUUUUCUCGUCUAUCCUGGCUGGGACUUGUCUUUUAACCUUUUGUGCAGCCAUCAUCAGGGCCAUUCGUCGAUUGUGGGGCUAGCAUUUCGUGCCCCGCAGCGGGUUCUCUUGUGUCUUGUGUAGAACUAUCGACUUUUGUAAUAAGCGUGCAUUAUAUAUGCCUUUUUAAGUUUUAACGGUUUUCUCUUACAGCGGAUGUGGCAGCUGUUGGAAAAGAAAAAUGUGCGAUGGUCCUCUAGCGUGGCGAGAGGUUUUUGUUGGAUUCUGAAAUGGUUUUUCAGGUCUCACUGACACUAAUGUCAUGUGGUUUUUUCUCCUUUAUGAAGUAAGCUCGAGUGAA